GGUCACGAAACAGCCGUUGACUAAUAUAACACAUGACACAGUUUAAAACUGCUGAUAAGAUAACACAUACCUUUGUAACAUUGCGUCUGGGCUUAUUACAAGGAAGUCAUCACGUUCCUUGCAUGGAUUUGUUUGUGUGUCAGCUUUAUGAUAUGAAGUUGGAUGUAGUUGGAUCAGCAGGAUAUACAAUCAGAGACCCUGAUAUCGAGCAUCUGAAUGAGUGUUUCUCCAGCCCUAACCAACAACAUGCGGACGAAGUGGCGGGGAUCCCUCUUUCUGGUGACUUGGAUUAUACUUCAAGUUACAGUUCUAUGUCCAACUGUCUCGGGCCUGAGACACAAGACUGCCUGUUACACCUUCAUGUUGAUGGUCGAUCCUCCGUGUGCCGCUACAGAGAUGCUUCUUCCUACCAUGUUUACACUCGGGGUGUCCUCUGACGUCACAUGUCACAGUGAAAUAACUGGAACAAGCUUAAAACAGAAGGGUCCAGACGAAAUCAGACGUUGCUGUCAACAGCGUGAGAAUGAUGCAGUGACAGAUUACUGCCUCCCUGCCAUGAAGAACCAACUCCCGGGUCACUACUUCCUUGACUUUGUGAACACAUGCACGGCGGCUACAAGAUGUCAGCUGUCUUCACCUGGUAGUAAAGUGGAGCACACUGAUGGUGAAGACUACGUAACAUUCACGUUUGAAUGUGUGCACAAGGACACGGUGCUGCACAUCCAACGUGAUUCUACACACACAGGACAGGAGGUGUACCUUUACAACGACCAACAUGACGGGGAUGCCCAUGCUAACUGUUUAGCAUACUCUCACGAGUGUACCUCCCAUGUCAUUAUACAACUUGUUGCAACCCGAGUUGUGUCAGCCGCCUGCAGUGUUGACUUCACUGAUGGGGAUGUGUCAACCAAGGUGGACUGUAUGAACCCACCUGCAUCAAGAAACUGUUCCAGCGUAAUGUUUGAGAGCAAGUCCAACUAUGUUAACAUGUCAAUAUUCAUGACAGUCGAUCCUGGACGUCAAGAAAAAGAGUUUCUGUGGUUGCUGGCGAAAGCGGAUACAGGUAAGAAUGUUACCGUCGUCUGUGGAGCCAACAUUCCUGCAGAUGUGUCACUGAACUGUCCAACUUCUGCAUCAACUACUACGACAUCAACUCCUACAACUACAGCUACUGAUGUUGCUGCUACCACUGUCACUACUACUACACAAACAGUGACCUCUAAUAAUGCACCAAGCAAACACAGACCGUUAGCGGUAACAUCAUCAACUGAGGCGCUUAUCAUCGGCAGCAGUGUGGGAGGAGUCAUCAUGAUAGCAAUCAUAGUGACAAUCACAGUCUGUGUCCGACGAAAGAAAAGAAACAGUUCAGAGAAAACAAAUCCAACACGUGGAUACAUGGAAGAAAACCACGAGGAUGGGAACGAGUCAGACGGUGCCCAGAACUCUGUAAGUGAUGGAUACGUGCCUAACCCAAUCUAUGAAGGAACUGAUGACUAUAAGCUGGAGCAAUUGCAUAGGAAGACUAGCGGUGACGUUAACGAGGGCUAUGAACCCGACACGGAGUCACCUUGUGGCUUCACGCGAUCACGGCCAGCACAUUCAGGCCUCAGUCUGGACAAAACCUCCUGGGUGACGCAAGGACACCUAGACUAUUUUGACGACAAAGUUUUCAACACAGGGUCAAUUGGGGGAAAUUCAGAAGAGAAAAGCGAUGGUAGCGUUUCAGAUCUCUAUGCCAAGGUGAACAAAGCACAGGGCACUGAUCAGGUGACGGAUGUGUAUACUAAAGUAGACAAACCCAGGAAGCCUGCUCGUGGAACAUCCGGGCAGUACUCUGAUGGUGAUAACCCAGGGCAGGAUGAGGACCUUGAUGCCAUGUACGCAAAGGUUCAGAAGAAGUAACUCGACAUGUGAAGGUCAUCUGUUUUAGGACAUCAUUAUGUGAAUGCAUGUAGCUGUAAACUAUGCUAUAAGAAAUUGAUCGCGUUUGUAUGCUUUAAAAGGUGAAGUUUUGCAUUAUUCUAUGAAACCCUGUAUCAUGUGCAUCUACACAUGGGCGUAUUGUCAUGCAUUUUUAAAUUACAUAUGACGAAUUAGAAAAUAUGUUCUCACUUGAUCUCCACAUAAUGCGAUGCUUUUGUGCUUAAAAGCAUCGCUACAAUCAACAUAUGUAAUUCUUUCGCAUGUAUUAUUUAAUUAGGAGAUAAACACUCCUGACUAAAUUGAUUGUGAACCAGCAAAUAUUUUGACUGAAGCGACAUACAUGUAGGUUGAGUCCAAUGUUCUGAGUGGGUUGUCGAUGUGAAUUACCGAUUCAUCGACAACAGUCUUUAACAAAAUAUGGCGCUGUAUAUGUUCAGGCAGUUUGUUUACAUCGUAAUACUUUACUCGAACAUGUGACAGGCAUUGACUGCAUAUAAGGACCGCAAUUUGGAAAGCCAACGUGAGGUCGGCACCCCUGAAAAAAAUAAGCAAACUUUGCAAAGCUUUCGUUCUUCAUCGAACGUCACUAUUAUGACGUCAUAUCGCUCAUUGUGACGCAAAAGAUAUGACGUCACAGUCGUAUAUAGAAA